AUGAGGAAGGGCACAGUACCAGUUGUGCAAGUUCCUAAUGCUGACCAACAUUGUUCGGAUAAUUUGCCUUCGGAGGGGAUGUGGAGAGAACUAAUAAAGAACGUAAGUAAAUCUUAUUGCAACUCCGGGGAGGGAAUAUGGAGCGGAAUAAGCGGGUAUGUGGGGGGUUAUACAAAUAAGACUGCAAUUGUUGGUGCCUAUUGUUAUGCAAAAGGAAAGAAGGAAGAGAAGGAAUCGCCAUUUUCUAAUAUGGGUUGCGAUUUCCUGUACUAUUACAUAGGUAACUUGAUUAACUAUGGGGGGACCACACAUACCUCUUUCCAGAAAGCUAUUUCAGCAUUAUAUGAUACAUUGAAGGAACACAGCAAUGGGUGGGAAUGUACUAAUACAUACAAGAUUGUUGAGGACAAAACCAUUUUCGAUCACCUCAAAAAAUUAUUCGACUAUACACAAGAUCACAACCACAUAAAGGAAAAAAUAUCACAGGAGAAAGUAGACAGAGCAUGUUUUGAAAAAUAUAAAACAUAUUUGCAGGAUGCUAAUGGGGCAUGCGCUAUUUUGAAAAAGCAAUGCCCCAUCACCUCAUCAGGUGGGACAAGCCUAAAGGAAUAUUGUACUUUAUACCAACGAGUUUGCAAUGGUAAUAAUACCAAUCCAUCAGAGCUACUAGUUCAAUUAACUACUGCGGAGAAGAAGUUUCAGCAGCCACAGGUGGAGGGGCAGGGGGAAUUAGAGACGGUUACUAGUACAAAGGAAUUAACGGAUGAACAUUUAAACGUAGUGAAGGCGACGUUGAAGCUGUAUGUAGAAUUUGAUACGGGUUCCGAUGAUUGCGGUAAUAGUAGUAUCGUUCCAAGUAUAAAGAGCACCAUAAGCAAACAUACUACUGUUGAAAACCCUGCAGAGGCCGUUGUAAAAGCUUGGUGCUAUGCACAUAAUAAAUGGAGGGAUGUCACUUCAUCAAAUGAUGCACGCUGUCAUUCUCUGUAUUAUUGGAUAGGUGAUAAAGUGCAGCAUGGAGGGUGGAAUGUUCAUGGUUUAGGAAAACUCAUGAAGGAACUUUAUCAAAAAUUAGGGAAAUGGAAGUUUAUAAGUGGGUGCACUAAUCUGUACGAAAAUAUUGAGAAGGAAGAAUUCUAUCGCAGAAAAAAAAAUAAAAAGGAAAAAAAAAUAUAUUUUAUUAAAAAAAAAAAUUAUAUAACAGAAAAAUUAAAUUGA